CUCCUUCUCUCUCUGCAGCCGCCAUCUUGCUGUGCUGUGCUGUGCUCCUCGUGUGGCGCCUCCCGUCAGCCGCGGCUCUGUGCGGAGCCUCCCGCCCCUCGGUACCGCCACCGCCACCGCCGUCGCCCCGGCAAUUGGACGAAGCGCAAGGUAUCAACAAUUGCAACAAUAUAGAUGUGCCUGGACGUGUCCCUGCAGAGUUACAUAACAAGCCCUGGAAAGUGGGGUUAAAUGAAAGAAACAAUAAUGAAUCAAGAAAAACUAGCCAAACUGCAAGCCCAAGUACGAAUCGGUGGAAAGGGUACAGCUCGCAGGAAGAAGAAGGUGGUACACAGAACAGCAACAGCAGAUGACAAAAAGCUCCAGUUCUCUUUAAAGAAGCUUGGUGUGAAUAAUAUUUCUGGUAUUGAAGAGGUCAACAUGUUCACAAACCAGGGAACAGUCAUCCAUUUUAAUAAUCCUAAAGUUCAGGCUUCACUUGCUGCAAAUACAUUUACGAUUACAGGACACGCAGAAACUAAACAACUGACUGAGAUGUUGCCCAGUAUCUUAAAUCAGCUUGGUGCUGAUAGCCUGACAAGUUUGAGGCGGUUGGCAGAAUCUCUACCUAAACAACCUGUGGACAGUAAAGCACCACUUGCUUCUGGCGAGGAUGAUGAUGAUGAAGUUCCAGAUCUUGUUGAAAACUUUGAUGAGGCUUCAAAGGAUGAAGCAAACUGAAAUUACGUUGAUACCCAAAGGAUGACGUGAAGCUGAAAUGGCUUUAGGGGGCUGCUAUCUGUAUUAGUUUUUUUGCUUUUGUAAUCUUACAUUUUUGUACUGUUACGCAUAUGUUUGCAGUCAUGUGGUGAUCCAUUUAUCCUGGUAUUUUUGUUACUUGUAGCAGCUCUAAUGCUGAAUUAGGUAAAUUGGGUGUUUACCAACCUGGUUAAAAUAGAAAUUCUGAACUGAAUUUGGCUCUGGAUUGGAGUGGAAAUAAAGAAGAAAAGCAUCUAUUUUGGUCUAUAUAAUUGUGGAUUGUAAAAAUAUGUGGAUAUCUAAACCUGCUGAAAAAUCGAUGGCAAUUUUUACUUGGAAAACAUUUUGGAAGGUGGGAACUAUUCCAAAAUCUGAGAUGAGGGCUUCUGAUUAUGAUCUGUUACCUUUGUAAAAUAUUUCGCACCAGGCCUUCUGGUUUUGGAUUCCUAUUGAUUUCAUACUAGCAUUCCCUUUCACAAGUUCUUCUGUGGACUUGAAUAGAAAAUACGGAAACAACACUGGAGUGUGUAUUUUUGUUUUUUUUGAGCUGUGAACUAUUCUGGCAUCAUGGCAUUAAAUCACCAGGAUUUAUCAAAUGGAUUGUGAAAAGUGAUUUAUUUUAUAGCUGCUUUCAAAGAACAUAACCGACAAUCCAAUAUGAUUUGUAUGUAAACAUUAAAAAUAAGCGAUUCUGAAUUAAAAUUUUAUUCAAAUCCACCCUGAUUAAUUAAAAACAUUUUUUACAUGCUUUUAGAAGGCAAAUGGUGUACAAGAGAAGCUAUGGGAUGUAGAACAGGUACACUGUACAAUUCAAGGUUAUUCCACAGCUUGCAUGAAUCUCUAUUUAAGCUCUUAAAUUUGUUUUUCUCUUAUUUUCCUUAAUCAUUUCCCAAAUUUUAAUUAUUGAUGGGUACAUUUUUUUUGGCUCACACCUGAAUUAAGUGGUGUGGCCAUUAAUUGCCGUUUUAACAUAUCGAAGGGAAUUGCUCUGAUCAGGCAUGUUCUCCAUGGACCAGAAUGGCAUCCUAUGCCGCACAAAAUAUGAACUAUUUAUAGGCCAAAUGAUAGAUACUACUUAAUAUUUAGAUGGCUAAAUGUAUUUUCAUGAUGAGAGAAACUUGUUUGGUACCAAUCAUCUACAUUGUUGUUCAUGCAUCAACUGCUAACUGAAGCGUUUCUCUUGGAAAUCAUGUUUUAUUCCUGUGAAAGUGACAUUAAUGUGUGUCUGAUCAGGAAGAUGCUAAACCAGAGUUGAUAAUUCAUAGCAAGUAGAGAUUAUAGAAUAAAAUAAAAUUAAGUUCAUUUCUUGCAUCAAAAGGAGUUCUUCAGAAAGGAACUCUGGUUUGUUUAAAUACUUAGUGGCCAAUGCUGACAAGUUGUUUCGAUAUUUUAAAGGAUUGUCUGGCAAUGUUUCCUGUGUUAUUAUCCCUCCCUUCCAUAGAACAUGAGAAUCUAGUAUUCAGUUAUUGUAUUAAACUAAAGGUGCUCCUAGUUAAAUUAAGGAAAAAUCAAGCUACAUAGUAUAAACUUAAUAUUUACCACAUUAUGUUAACAGCCAUUGCUCUAUACAGAGUAAAUGCUAUACAUUCACUGCAAUUAAAGUGUCUUUCUGUCUGUACCCAAAAAUGUAUUGUUUAAAAGAUGUGAAAUUAGCAUGUGAUUGUGCAAGAGAAUCUAAUUGUCUCGAUCUUUAAAUGCAAAGUGUCAUUAUUUAUCUUGAAAGUAUUAAAUUGUUAAAAGUA